CUCGGACGAUCAUUGAUUUCGAACUCUUUCCAAUCUAGACGAACGAUCUUUCUCUUGUUACGUUCUUCUUCUUCAAUCAUCUGUUCAUAUUCAUUUUCCCAUUUAAAUAUUCUUUCUUGAGUUUCUCAAAACUUGUCGCUAAUCAAUGAAUCUGAUAUGCUUUUCGAGGACACCCAUCUCUGCAAAUUUCUCGGCUUUUCCGUGAUUUCCCUGGACAGAAUUAGGGUUUAGAGGCAAAGCAUAUCUUCCUUCUCGAACGAUGAGUCAUCACCACCACCGGCGUGAUUCCGGCGGAGAUGUAGUCCACGUGAUCCCCACCACAAACAACCCUCCGCCGGAGAAUUGGUUCCCCAAUCUCGGCGACACCUCCGUAUGGGCCACGGAAGACGACUACAACCGCGUCUGGGCUUCGAACCCCGACGGCGACAACAACAACAACGGUCCUCCUCCGAACAAGAAAACUCGAGGCUCUCCGUCGCCGUCGGCGGCGAGCAACCGCACCAAGGCGAUCGGGAAAAUGUUCUUCAAGACGAAGCUGUGCUGCAAGUUCCGAGCGGGGACGUGUCCGUACGUGACGAACUGCAACUUCGCUCACACCGUGGAGGAGCUUCGCCGGCCGCCGCCCAACUGGCAGGAGAUCGUGGCGGCUCACGAGGAGGAGGGAAGUCCGAGUAGGGAAGAGUUUCAGAUCCCGUCUCUGGUGUCGACGGGGGAGGAGAGUGGGAGGUCGUCGUUUAAAGGAAGGCAUUGCAAGAAGUAUUACACAGAGGAAGGGUGUCCUUAUGGUGAGAGCUGUACUUUUAUGCACGAUGAGGCUUCAAGGAAUAGAGAAAGCGUUGCUAUUAGUUUAGGCCCUGGUGGCGGUUACGGUGGUGGUGGUGGAAGUGGGAUUCAGAUUGUGAAGCCUUCAAAUUGGAAGACAAGGAUUUGUAAUAAAUGGGAGAUUACUGGCUAUUGUCCCUUUGGUGCUAAGUGCCAUUUUGCUCACGGAGCUGCAGAGUUGCAUAGAUUUGGUGGAGGACCCGUAGAAGGAGAAGGCAAAGACGGAGUAUCACCCAAUUCAGAAGUAAAGCAAACAGGACCAAACCCGAAAGGAGAUUCAGACACAACAACAACGACACUUUUAUCUCCAGGAGUUCCACAUAAUUCAGACGCUGGUUACCACAGUGGAGUCGCAUUGCAACGAGCUUCUAGUGCGGUGACGCAGAAGCCUGGGAUCAGAACACAUCAGAAAUGGAAAGGACCCGGGAAAAUCAGUCUGAUAUACGGUGAUUGGGUUGACGAUAUUGAAUGAAAGUUAUCUCCUACUUUUAAACUCCAGUGAUGAUGGUACAGUUUGUUUGUUUGUAGAGUUUUGUAUCUUUGUAAUGGCUUGUAUCUCGUUUUAUUGUUGUUGUUGUUGUACAUUAUGACUGUUCUAAAAAGUUGAAAUUUCUCUAUC